AUGGUAUAUAAGCCAACUAGGCAAUCACCGAAAGAGAUCUCGGCGACAUCGCUAGUGACCAUUCGCUGUUCAGGAACAAAAACAGGUCUGGAUAAACGAGUGACGCAAUUUGUUCUACCGGUGGGGGCCACUAUUAACAUGGAUGCUUACUAUGCCAUCACGGCAACUUUAGCCAGUAUUGGUGCUGCUGGUAUACCGGAAGCUGGUCUGGUAACCAUGGUGAUCGUCCUGACUGCUGUAGAUAUACUAGCCGAAGGUGUCACCUUGAUCGUAAUUAUUGAUUGGUGGAUGUAA